AUGCAUUAUAUAUCUAAAGCACUUGAACGUGACAGUCAUUACACCAAAGGAUUGGUGUUAAGAGAUAAAAUGUACCAAGAACAACCGUGUAUGAAACGAGAAUGUGAACUAUUGUUUAAAUAUUGUGAUGUAUCUGUAUUUGAUGAUCAUAAAAUUACAAAAGAAAUUGCUGAAACGAUUGUUGAGGAAGCAGUAGAGAUAAGAAAAAAGAAGCGAGAAUUGCUAAAACCUAUCCCAAUACCUGCUGUCAAAUUCCCUCAGCCACUGGCAUCAUUAACGUGGAAAAGUUUGGGAGAAAACUUGAUAUCCUUAUAUGAAUAUAUCAACAAACAUUCUAAAUUGAGUUUUGGGAACCAUGUCGAUGUCACAGACCACUUGUCAACAACAGAUGAAGAAAAUAUGCCAAGUACAGAUGAACCAACAGAAAUGGAAACAGAAUCCGAAAAUAAUAGUUUAGAGAAAUCUAAGAAAGGUGUGAAAAGAAAACGUGCUGGUGGUAGUGGUGGUGGCAGCGGCGGCGGUGGUGCAUCUGAAGAGAGUCACGCAAAGAGACGAUCAGCUCGAGUCAGGAAUACUGUGAAGAAAAAAGAAGAGACUGUAAAUUAUAAAGAAUUACUGCGAACAUUCUUGCCUUCCAGUUUGAAGCCAAAUGGUUUAGGUGAAGUAUAUGUAGAGGUUCACAAGAGAUUAAGGAAUCACUUAACUUUACCGUCAUACUAUUGUAAAUCAAUUUCUAACCAGUUCAUCAAAGAGCUUGCCUUGAUGGCAUUGGUCAAUGCAGAACAGACCUUGGAGAAAUGGUUGUCUGCUAAAAUGAAGUCACCGGUAUCAGGAACUACCGCAAGCCUUCUUGGAAACUCUGGGCAGGAGUCAUUUCCAAUUGGUACACACGACUUAUUUUCAUCAGAUCUACUUUACCUGGAAAGUUUAUCUACAUUCCGAGAUAUCCUGACAAACACAUGGUUACACUUUGCUGUACGCGUUUAUUGGUUGAAGUCCAGAUAUUUGAUGCUACAAGGAAAAAGAGAUCUUGCACUGAGUUGCUUUGAUUAUUGUAGUCAUCUCCUAACACUUGGUGACUCAGAUUUGCCGCCGUCUAAUAUUCCGAUUGUUGUACAUUUACCGAACUGUAAAGAUGAUAUAAUAUCUGCACGUGCUGUGAAAAAACAAGUUGAGUCAUUACAACGUUGUCAGUCGUUGGAAGAAGUGCAGCGUUUGUACGAAACUGGUAACUACCAGGAUGUUGUUGAUAUAUUAUACCCAACGCUGACACAGACGUCACUCAGUAAGAGCAAACUGAAAGAAGACUCUAGACCGGCCAGGUUGUUGUUACUUAUCGAAUCACUUCUACACACCAAGAAUUAUGAGUUAUGUGUUAGUUGUUGUUUACUGGCCCUCAAUGAAUCUCUACAGCAAUUAUCUAAUGGUAGUACAAUGGCAGUCAAAGAGAAUUGGUUGACUACGAUGACGAAGGUCUUUCAAUUCCUCAAUAAGUGUCUCUCUGUGAAGUUGAGUGUGAUCAGUCAGCUGGCAAGGAUUAGCGUGAUUCAACUCACUAACACUGUAAUACGAAUUAUAGAACUUGCGAUGGACUCCAUGGAUGCUACAGACCAGCCAGUGAUAAGUACUGUCUUACCAUGGGUUAUUCUGUACAGGCUCAUUAAACAUGAAGAAGAUAGUUUCAAAGCUCAAAUACAACACGAUGAGCAGAAGGAAAUGAAGUUGAUGCCAUCAUCUUUAAUGUUGUUAUAUAGGGCGCAUGAAUACCUUGGAGGCCGCGGAUGGUGUUGUAAUUCAGACGGAUACCUGUUGACAUUCUAUGUUGAUGUAUUGCAAGAAGAAUUGAAAAACCGAGAAGACGCUCUGAGACAGGAUAUGUGUCUAGCUUUAGAACAAUGUUUGUAUUGUCUGUAUGGUCACCCUAAUAAAAAAGCUAAGGCCAGACAUUUACAAGACCAUGGAGUGGAGGAGGUUCCUCUAACAUGGGGUAAAGCUGUAUUCGUUUUUGACUAUUUCAAACCGAAAACCGUUCCUGAUUUUGACAGCUACAAGACAAGUUCAAUGUCAGGAGAAUUAGAAAGUUUAUUCUUAAAAAUAUCGAAAGUGAUUCCUGUGCAGAAAGAUCCACCUGUUACCAUGGAUACAGUGAAUGCUUACAUUGAAGGCAUUUCAGACAAACCACCAUCGAUACCUGAAGACAAACCAGUGACUUUGCAUGUUGUCAAAGAGUUAUUCUAUCUCUUGGCUGAUUACUAUUUCAAAAACAAGGAGUGGGGUAAAGCCAUCAAGUUCUAUAUGCAUGAUAUCUGUGUUUGUCCUGAUCGUUUUGAUAGCUGGGCAGGACAGGCAUUGGCAAGAAGUAGUCGCCUUGAAGCUAAACUCAGUUCGUGUGAUGUGAAAAAUGAGGGAUCUAUGCAGAAGAAUGCACAACUGGCGUUAAGAUGCUUCCAGAGGGCGCUAGAAGUGGACCCCAGUAACUACACACUGUGGAUAGAAUAUGGGUCUUUGGCAUACACAUUGCAUUCACAUUUCUCAAGGCAACUCAAACAGCAAAAAACUCAGGUGUCAAUGGUUCCCGAAACCAUCCAGUGUCUGACAAACAAGAAGAAUGAAAUGCUGAGUUUGGCGAAGAAAUGCUUCUUAACGGCCGAUAAAUGUGAAGAUGACGGUGAAGCGGAAGAAUGGUUAAUACAAUACAUGUUAGGAAAAAUAGCAGAGAAACAAAAAGAUAAACCGCUUGGGUUCUUGGAAUAUUAUAAAAAGGCUAGUUGCCAUCUACAUGAUGAUGAAGCUUGCUAUCCAAAGAAGAUACAUUAUCAUAACCCACCUGACUUAGCCAUGGAAGCUUUGGAAGUUUAUUACCGUCUCCAUGCCGCUGUAUUAAAACUAUUACAAGAACAUGACAAAGAAUAUUGCAUUGAUUAUCAGACACUGGAACGUUGUCUAAUAGAGGCUGCUAACAGUCCUUUUGCUAAAGGCCUCCAAAAGGAAAGUGAUAGUAGUAGUUUGCAUUCUAUCCAGGACUCCAGCAAACCGACAUACACUGCCACGCCCAUGGACCAUGAUUACGUAUUGAGUCAUACCAAAACAAAAUUGAACAUUUCUGAGUCCAGUCAAAGCAAUAAACAACAUGUCAUUGCUGAGUCCAGCCAAGGCGAUAAACAACAGACUGUUUCGGAGAUCAGCCAAGGUGAGAAACAACAUGCUGUCUCAGAAAUCGGCCAAGGCGAUAAACAACAUGUUGUCUCUGAGAUCGGCCAAGGUGAGAAACAACAGGCUGUCUCGGAGAUCAGCCAAAGCGAUAAACAACAUGCUGUCUCUGAGAUCGGACAAGGCGAUAAACAACAAACAAAACAUGAAGACAAACCACAGAUGGACGAACAACAAAUGCUGAACCAGUGUGGCGAACUGUUGCUGCAGCUGAGUGAACUGCAGCAGCCGGAAACGGAAGUGUUUCGGAAUUUGGAAUCACUUCUGGAAGAGACAAAGAAAGAACAACAGGAUGAAUUAACUCAUCAACCAGAGAAAGAAACACAUUCAUUGCAGCAAUCAGAUACCCAGUCCCAGGGAAUUAAACAGUCAGACAAGCAGUUUCCACAAGGACCACAUGCAGAACAACCGAUGGAGCAAUCUGAGGAUGGUGAUAUUGCAUUGUGGAAAGAUAAUGAACAAUUUAUAGAACAAAUGAAAAAUAAAACAGAACCACAAAUACAGUCAAUGCUUGAACUUGAAGAACUUGUACUGGUGCUCUCUGAUAGUAGCAGUGACAUUGAUGGAAAAUUGGGCAGUGCCCCUCCCCCUCCCCCUCCCCCUGCUGCUAGUAGUGCUGGACUGAUAAAGGCAUUACACCUGGUGAUGAAGAAAAACGCCUGA